AUGUCGAAUCAGGAGCUUCUUCCAAUCGAUGUCUCGGGGGACGUGGGUGCUAGAAUCCUGAGUGUCGAUGGAGGAGGAGUACGGGGUCUUAUUCCUGUGCAAUUGCUCAAAUUCUUAGAGCACCAGUUGCAGAAAUUGGAUGGGGAAGAUGCCAGACUAGCAGAUUAUUUCAAUAUAAUGGCAGGUACCAGCACUGGAGGUCUCAUCACCACAAUCAAAUGGAAUAUUUUUCACGGCAUUUUUGGUCCCAAAUACAAUGGCAAACAUCUGGUCAAUAUCUUAGAACAAGAGAAAUUUCACGAAAGACGGCUGUGUGAUACGGCUACUAACCUGGUGAUACCCACCUUCGAUAUCAAGACGCAGUUUCCUACAAUUUUCGCCAGUCAUGAGGCGAAAGUAGAUCCGCUGAAGAAUCCACAUCUAAUGGAUGUAUGCCUCUCCACAACUGCAGCUCCUACCUAUUUUCCAUCUCACCAGUUUACAACAAAUUCCAGUGACGGAAAGACCCAAGUUUUUAACUUAGUAGAUGGAGGAGUAGCGGCUAAUAAUCCUACCUUGAUAGCAAUGAACUUAGUCACUCGAGCAGUUCAUCAGGAUACAAGAAUAGUCGACAAAAAGGAGCACCUUGACCACUUUAUUGUACUUUCUCUUGGAACGGGAUUAGAAGAGGGUAUUGAAUGGGACGCAAAAAAGGCUGCCACAUGGGGAAGCUUGAAGUGGAUUACUCACGAUGGAAGAACGCCUCUCAUAGAAUCUAUCAUGAAUGCAAGUUCAGACAUGGUCAACAUUCAUACAGCUUUGAUGCUCCAUCAUGUCAAAGAAAACUAUCUUAGAAUCCAGGAAUGGCAACUAAAAGGAAGCGAAGCAAAGAUGGACCUCAGUACGGAUGAGAACCUGAGGAAUCUUUUGAAGAAAGGCCAGGAACUAUUGGAUAAGCCUGUUAGAAGUUUAAAUUUGGAGACUGGGCGUCCUGAGACAGUGAAGAACGACUACACAAACAGGAUGGCAUUGACUAAAAUGGCUGAACGACUCUCCAAGGAGAAGAAGUUGAGGGAUAAACGGAGCGCAUCUUCUGCACUUUCUAUGAAUGGCCAUAGUGUUGGAAUAAACAUCUGA